AUGUUGUACCGCACCACCGCUGCCCGCUCCGUCCUCCGGGCCGUCUCGAGCUCCAAUGCCUCCGUGGCUCGCUCCGUUCUGGGCAACCCCAUCUUCAAGGCCCAGCUGACCUCGUCUGCCCGCGCUGCGGUCCGCCCAACCGUUUCUCCGAGCUUCGCGAUCGCCGCUCACAAGCCCGUUACCACCGCCCUGGUUCGCUUUGCCUCCAGCUCGUCCAAGGACGGCGAGGAGGUCGACAUGAUGGCUGGUAUGAAGUCUGAGGCUAAAGUCAUCAAGGACACCUUCAGCUUGGAGCAGGUCCCCAAGGAGGCUCUCUACCUCGGUAUGGCCGGUGUCAUCCCCUACCUGGCUACCUCCCUCGAGACUGUCUACCUCUCCUACGAGAUCAACCGUGCUGCUGUUGCCGGUGACGGUCUGAUCUUCUCCGGCCAGAGCGCUGAGCUGAUGCUGCACAUGCUGGAGCCCAUUCAGGUUGGAUAUGGUGCCGUGAUCCUCUCCUUCCUCGGUGCUGUCCACUGGGGUCUUGAGUGGGCCGGCUACGGCGGCAAGUUCGGCUACCGCCGCUACGCUGCCGGUGUCAUUGCCCCGGCUGUCGCCUGGCCUACUCUGAUGCUCCCCACCGAGUACGCUCUGAUCAGCCAGUUCCUGGCCUUCACCUUCCUGUACUACAAUGACGCCCGCGCUGCCGCCACCGGACGUGCCCCUCACUGGUACGGCAUGUACCGCUUCGUCCUGACUUUCAUUGUCGGUGCCAGCAUCGUCGCUACCCUGAUUGGCCGCGAGCAGAUCGCCCAGACCAUCACCUCCGAGCACACCAUCAAGGACAAGAUCAACGCUCUGAUCUUCCUGCAGAAGAAGGAGAAGGAGGAGGCCGAGGCCCGCCGCAAGGCCGAGCUCGGCCUGGAGGAGUCUGAGUAA